CAUCGAGAAGAGGCAUGAGGUAGUCGGUACAAGACACCGACCACCGAGGACAGGACAGUAGUCGUUUCGCUGUGAUCCGAGUUGGUCGAUUAUAUCUUCGCGCGUAUCGUGUGAUAUGUGAAUGUGCUCGUAGAUUAAUCCAUUUUGUCCGAAAAUUGUGUAUGUGUUUUUGUGAAUUCGAUUUCAUCGCAAUUAAUUAUUAGUGACGUUGUUCAACUAGAAGUUUAAUGGCGUUAUUUAUAAAUAUUGAAUUCAUAUAGACGUGUUCGAUUGUGUUUCAUACCACCGUUCAGUUCUCUGAAACCGAGUUUUUGUUUCAAUUCUCCAGCGUUUACCUGCAUCUUUCUUGUUUCUUUGGAGAUGCUGUAAUAAUACGAGUUACGGAAUUCGAUGGCAGCAACAGACGGGCAAGCUGUGGUAGCUGCGGCGCGUUGGACCGAAGAGGGACUAUAUUUGCGUGAAUUCGUCGCCAAGCAUCGACUACCAGCGGUUGCGAAAAUUAUUAAAGGUCAAUACGGAGGAAUCGGCGUACCUUCUUUACCUAGUCCAUGUGUGCAGCCUACUGUCCUAUUGAUAUCGGCCGGCAGACGACGUAAAAUACUAGCUCAGGCGGUUAAAAUAAAAGAAGGCCGGAGAGUGGUGGGCGUCGGUCCCAAAUUCGUCAUCCCCGAUACCUACCAAGGAUAUUUCGAGCUUCUGAGCGAAGAUGGUCGAGGUAUGAGAUGUCUAGAAAGCGUAGCCGAACUAGCUCAUCGUAAAUCGGAAAACGGUUGCUUGGUCAGGGAUUCGAUACGAGCGAUAGUUGGUCGAUACGACGAUGACGGAGUUCUGGUCGCCGACGGUGCUCGAAUUGUGAACGCCGGCGAAACGCUUUAUCCUCAGGCCGAAGUGCAAUUAGGUAAUUCGAAAAUAAAAUUUUUACGAUGUUUGGAUUCAGUCAGCGAUAUCGUGCUGUUGGGUAUGGAUCAAAAGAGUCGAUUCAGCACGUUAGCGAAAGAAGACAAUAUUAGCGGCGUACACACGGCGAAGAAUCUGCUUCAGAAACGUCUGCCCGUGACCGUGCGCUUAGUACAUGGUAGUCCUCCCAAAGGGUUCAAGAAUUUGAACCAAUUUUUACCGGAACUUCGAUUGCUGUGCGUUUUCGAGGAAGAACACGUAUUCGCGAUGCCAUUACAAAAGGAUACUAGCUCCGUGAUAACGUUGCCAUUAGCGGCGCCGCUUAAAUUACAAAAAGCGCGUAACGAAGACUGCCUAAAAGAUACCAGAGAGUAUCAGAGGGUGCUGGAAAAAUGCACCAAAUUAGCCGCCGAAAAUGUUAACAAAGCGUACGUCUUGGAUGCGCGUUCGGUCGACAUGAAAACCUUGAAAAACGUCGGCAAUCUGCUGCCGUCGAAAAACGGCUACUUUCUCACCAGAAGCUUAUCAGCGGACGUCGCGAAUGCCAAUUACCCGUUCGAUAUUGAAAAUCGACCGCAUAAUUCGGAAUAUGACGAAAUAGACUUGAUAUACGAUUACGUUCGCGGCUUCGCGCCAUUACCGAAAAAUAUACGUUCGCCAUUUCCCGAAUCAGAUUCCAGUCAUAUAGCUAAAGGUGAAAAAGAAUGCGUCGCGGAUGUAAUCGCCAUAUCGCCGACGGACACGUCGUCGUCGCCCGUCGGCACCGUAGUCAAACCCGAACCACCUCCCAUCGAAACCAUACCAAAAGUGAAAAUCAUCCAGUCAGGUUUGAAAGCGGAAAAGCGUACGCGAAAACCAGCCAUCAAAUGUACGAGCGCGCCACCACCCGAAGAACAACAAUACGCCGUCGAUAGAACGUCGUUUUCUAAGUUAUACGUUAAAAAUGGUAAUUCACAGAGCCGAAGACUGUUAAGACAAAAGAGCUCUUCACCAUUGAAAGAGCAUCCACCAUUGCUGAAAUCCGGCUCGCCUAUUUUUAAUAUACGUUAUAAAUCUUUAAGUAAUUUACAACAAGCCAUGGAACUGGAUGGUACCUUAGACUCGAGUAAUUCCGGCGGCAAAACGUCUGCUGACUCGGCGACCGGUACCAAACUGCCGGAAAAACGUUCCAGACGUAUUAGUCGACCAAGAUCUCUAACCAACCUAGUAUGGGAUAUGCAUAAUGAUGUGGAACCCAGAUGUGAUAGAAAAUUUAAACCCGCCAAAGCGGAAUCCAGCGUGCUCAGAAGAAAUUCAACGCAGAAAAGUACCAGUAGUCAUAAACGUAUCGGAACCCUUUACCUUUAACGUGAAAACAUUGAGAAAAGUGCCAAUCCAGAGUAGUAAUGGAUGUUACAUUUUACGAAAUUACCAUGUCAUAGCGUUUCGUGAAUUCAAUACAUAUGUGUAUUACAUUCUGUGGGAUAAGAUGCGCUGUUCGAGUGAUACUUAAUUAUGUAAGAUGUAACAAUCACAAAACAAAUGUGACAAUGGAAAAAUUUGUUGCACUAGCUAUUGUUACCGCCAUUGCAACUAGUCAUUCCAUAUCGCUCACAUUAAAAAUAAAUGAUGGAUUUUUUAGAUGUCUUCCCGGCAUCGAUUAUGAUAAAAGAAAGUAUUAAAAAAAAAAUUUAUUAAACGAGUACAAAUGUAACGUAAAACGUAACAGAAAUUAAACAUCAACAAGAAAUAUUUCGUGAAAAUAAAAAAUAAAAUAAAAAAACUAGUGCGAAUAAUAAUUGAAAAAAUGAUCUAGUCGAUGAAAAUUGUUUGAUGAAUCUACAUACCCCGAAACUAUAAAUACGAAUGGAACCAUUAUUAUAAAUGACAGUAUUUAGACUUAAGGUACUGGUACAUACAUAUUAUGUGGUGAUGAUGUAUUUAUCGGAGCCUCCGAGUAUUUUACAAGAAACUUUGUACUAAAAAAAAAACAUUUUUUUAAAACAAUUAUGUUACAUGAGAACUGAAUAUUUUUAUGUACAUAAAAUUCAUUUUUUUGUACGGUUUUGUAUAAAAUGUAAAAUGUUUUGUCUUUUUUUUUUAAUUUAUUGGCUAUUUUAUAUUUAUUUUUUUCUUAGAAAAUCCUGCUCAUUCUUUAAACAUUAUAAUGAAAUUAAAAAAUUUCAAAUAUACUAUUACUAUUAUCA